CCAACAUAUAAAAACUCAGUUAAAUCUUCCUACCAGACUGAGGACGGCAGCAGAGAAGACAGCAUCUGAAAACAAAUGCUUACAGGACCAUGAAACUUUACAUCCUUUUCAGUUUUCUGCUUUUGGCAGUGAUUUGCAGCUGUCUUGUUGAUGCUAGUCAAGUGAAAUUUGGCCCUCUCUGCAAUGGCAACUCAAAGAACCGUAUAAGAGGAUGUGAUGGAAAGUAUGGCUGUGGAUACUAUGGAGCCAGCCGAGACGGUGGAAAACGGAAACAUCAGGGUGUUGACAUUGUGUGUGCUGACGGAGCCACGGUUUAUGCUCCAUUUAAUGUGAAGCUGAACGGCAAAGCUGUUCCCUACAAAAAGAACAAUGCUAUAAAUGAUGGCAUUAACUUGAGUGGAGAAGGUCUCUGCUUCAAGCUGUUUUAUGUUAAGCCAAUCAGUUACUCUGGGACCCUCAAGAAAGGGCAGAAGAUCGGAACUCUGCUCCCCAUGCAGAAAGUUUAUCCUGGCAUCACUUCCCACAUUCAUGUUCAAAUGUGUGACAAAUCAGAUCCCACCAAGUACUUCUGAUGCUGAUGGAGCUGAUCGCCUCCUGCAAACAACUUUAGAAUCAUGUGCCAUUUAUAUCAGCUUUCUUUCUUUACUCUGGUGCCCUGCACUUUGCAAUCUAACAAUAAAGUUUUGAAGACUA